AUGACUGACUACUAUAACAACAGCAGCAAUUUUAAUCAGCAAGGUGAUAAUCAAUGGUUUACGGAUCCGAACGCGGGCUGGGCUCAAUCAGACUUCAGCCAAGGCUAUAACACAGCUGGUGGUAAGUGGAAUAUCUGCGUUUUCAGGCUGAAAUACAUUUUCUUUUUGAUUGAAAUUUUUAUGUUGUUAUCUCUAAACGUUGUUAAAUAGUAUUUUAAUAUUAUAGAUCAAUCAUACGACCCAUACGCGCAGAAUCAAGCUCAAUACAGUCAGCAACAGCAGCAGAACUACUAUGGUAACAUGUUCAUUCCGUCGGCGCCGGCCGAGACCUCGAAACCUGGCGAAGAGGACUUUGAAAACGAGCCACCAUUGCUAGAAGAGUUGGGAGUGAAUUUCGACCACAUUCGGCAGAAAACCUUUGCUGUGUUGAAUCCAGUUGGCUACGCCUCGCCGGAUGUGAUUGCUGAUCAAGAUCUGGCUGGUCCACUUGUUUUUUGCCUUUUGUUUGGUGCUUCUUUGCUGUUAAAUGGACGAGUAAGUAUUUUUUAUAUUUUGUUUUAUUUUUAGACUAUAAAAGUGACAGUAACAUGAAGAAAACAGGUAUUGAGAGCUACAUAAAUAUCUGCUUUUUUGGAGAUUUAAGCUAAAACGUAGUGGCUAUACGUUUUUGCUAAGGAUAACACAGUUGCUUGAAUAUAGCGAACAGUUAUAAAUACUUCUUUUACUAAAUGCUCAGCAUAUAAUGAAAAAUACAUAGUAUUAUGCUAUACAUGGUUGAUAUAAGCUAAAAUAACAUUUUUAGGUAUAUUUUGGCUACAUCUAUGGAAUUGGUAUGCUAGGAUGUUUGGGUAUGUACGGACUACUGAAUUUGUUGUCUGAGGAACGUGCAAUCUCAUUUACAUGCACAGCGUCAGUACUGGGAUACUGUUUGUUGCCCAUGUCAUUACUAGCUAUCUUGGCUACUGUGUUUUCAUUCGCUGUAAGUUUUAAUGGUAUUUUUGGGUUUUAAACUGAUAUUGGUGCUACUGUUUUUGUUUUUAUUGUAAUGUUUGGUAUUUUAGUUUACUCUUAGUGGUUUUUCUUAAUUUUGUUACCUAAAAAGUUAAAAUUUUUGGUUUUCCUUAUAUUAAAAUGAAUUUUUACAGCACGUUUGAGUUUAUGUAAUCUUAAGGUCUAGGUGCAAAGUUCAUACAAGGUCUUUUACACAUUUUUAUACGUAAAAUUGCAGGGGUACAUCGGAUAUGCAUGUGCAUUGGCCGUGAUCGCAUGGUGCUCUUUAUCAUCGGCGAAGUUGUUCUCGAUAACACUCAAUAUGGAAGGACAGAAGCUCUUGGUAGCUUAUCCUUGUAGCUUGCUGUACGCCAUCUUUGCCCUUCUAGCCAUAUUUUGA